AUGACUAUUCAAGCGAAGAAAAUUGUGACGGUAUUCGGAGGGACUGGAAACCAGGGCAGUAGUGUUGCACGUUCCCUGCUGGCACACAAAGAUAAGAUCUUUCACGUUCGUGUAGUCACGAGAGACCCUCGAUCCGACAAAGCGAAAGCUAUUGCGUCGCUUGGGGCGGAUGACUAUGACCUUGGCGUGUCGGUAAUCGAUUCUGCGGAGAAAGCAGGCGUUCAGCAUGUUGUCUUUAGCUCUGGACCAUCCAUCACGAACGCUACGAAAGGCAGAAUACAUAUCGAAGGGUUCGAGACCAAAUACCAGGCUGAGCAAUAUGGGCGUAAGAAAAAGUUUACGAGCUUCACUCCCAUUCUAUGCGCCUCUUUUAUGGAGUGUUUCCUCGAAGAUUCAUUCGUGGAAGCCUUCGGUGGGUUUCCUUGGAAUCCCAACCCAGAAACAGGAGAAGUGGAAUUCCGCACCCCGGACUACGGAGGGAAAGGUGAUAUGCCCUGGGUCAGCUGCGAGGACGAUCUUGGCGACAUUGUGCAUGGUAUACUUUUGAACCCGUCCAAAUACGAUCAGGUAUUGGUUCAGGCAACCAGCCAACAGAUUACAAUGUCUGAUGUAGCAUCUUCAUAUACACAAGCCACUGGCAUUCCUGCCCAGUACGAGGAAUUGCCAUCCUGGUCCAGUAUUAAGCUCAAUGGUACAAGGUGCCGAGUCGAAACUCGCCAAAUGUUCUGGUACAUGAAGCAUUGUGGUGGCCGGUGGUUUGCAGAACACGAAAGUGAUAUGUCUACUGCGGUCGCAUUGAAAGAAUCAGCAAUGUCGGCUCGGGGCCAGAAGGGAGGUCUUGUUACAUUUAAGGCCUGGUUUAAAAAGGCGCAAGUCCUGAAAGCCCAAAAUGUGUGA